AUGAGAGGUCAUUCUUCCCCUUCUAAUGCCCCUGCUUCUACAUUUCCUCUAGUUGGCUCUUCUAAUGAAACUGAAAUUCUUCUAAAUGGCACUUCUACUAUAGCUUUGAUAGAUACUGGCUCUAUGAUUUCAUCUAUUGGAAUUUCAUUCUUCAAAUCUUUAAAGCCUCAGCCUGUCAUGUCACAGUUGUCAGAUUUUAUGUUGGAUAUUUCUUCUGCUAAUGGUUCUAAGGUACCAUAUCUUGGAUAUUCAGUUCUUGAUAUUACUUUUCCUUCUCUUUCAUCACAAUCUUUUUCAGCUCCUAUUCUGAUUGUUCCAGACACAGAGUACUCCAGCAGAGUUCCUUUGAUAAUAGGCACCAACAUACUGAAUGUUUUGAAGUCAUCAAGAACAGAAUCAACAUCAUCUCCACUUUCAGACAUCAUAUCUUCCUUGUCUGACAUUGUCACCAAACCUGUUACUCUUCUUCAUCAUCAGACUGUCAUUGUGAAGCCUUUUGAAACAACAACACUUGAGGGAAAGGUGAGACAUAUUGGCAACAUGUCAUCUGGUGUUACAGAGUCUACUGAUUCUCUUAUGUUGAAUGUGUGCCCUAGAUUGGUUAAAUUACAACCUGGUACUUCUUUUUGCAGGGUUCCAGUACGUGUUUGUAACUUGACUGCUAGAGCUAUUACCAUUCAUCCAAGAAUGACUCUUUGUAACUUACAUGAUGUGUCUGUUGUUCGCACCAUUGAUCCUUCAGAGGGCGUUGCUGAUAAAUCCCACAAUUCAGACAAGUCUCUUGAUGACCUUGGUAUUUCUAUUCCCACUGAAACUUUAACUUCUGAACAGCAGGUUAAGGCAACUUCCUUCUUCAAUCAGUGGAAACAUAUUUUCUCCUCUGGGCCUACUGAUCUUGGUUCUACUGACUUGGUCGAACAUGAAAUCAAUCUGACUGAUCCCACACCCUUUAAAGACCCUUAUCGCCGAAUACCACCAGGGAUGUUUGAGGAGGUACGUGAGCAUUUACGAGACAUGAUUUCCGCAGGAGCGAUCCGUGAGUCCAAGAGUCCUUUUUCUUCUAAUGUUGUGUUAGUAAGAAAGAAGGACGGGUCUUUGCGUUUUUGUAUCGAUUACCGGAAACUGAACAACCGUACAAUCAAGGAUGCUUAUGCCCUUCCUCGCAUCGACGAAACUAUAGAUUCUCUCAUAGGUUCCACUAUUUUCUCUAAGCUCGACCUACGCUAA